GGAACAAGCUGAUGUAAGAGAUGCUUUCCUAAGUAUUAUAGAUGGCUCAUUGAUAAAUCUCCGCGUCUAGAAAGCAAAAUAGAAAAAUUCAGGCUUUCUCUUAAACUCUCAUAUUUAAAAAAUGAAUCUUGGAUCGAAGAAUGGAUAAGAUUGGCUACCAAUAACUGCAUCAAAGAAUUAGAUGUUCAUAUUACGCGCCAGUAUGAAGAAGACUGGUACAGUUUGCCAGGUACAACAUUUACAGCUAAAUCGCUGAUGGUUCUGAGAUUGGGUGGCUUUAAGCUAGAGUUCCCUCUAAUUGUUGAUCAUAUGAAGCUUACUAAAUUGAGAGAGCUAUCUCUACCUGACGUUUGUUUGGAGGAACGGACAAUCUUUGAAAUUUGUUCUGCUUGUCCAGCGAUAGAAGAUUUAAGUCUCAUCUGGUCCAAACUUCUAAAGCUUACAAUACAUCGAGCAAAUGAAAUAGCUUGGGAAUAUAAAAGUAUCUGGAUUCAAGCUGUUAAUCUUCAAAGUUUAUAUUGCAGAGGAUGUAACAGCCAGUUAAAGUAUGACGUGACCACUUUCAAGCUUCUGAAAGAACUGAGCAUAACAUUUGAUCAGAUUACUGACCCGGUGGUAGAAAAUCUUGCUUCUGAACUGCCCCUUCUUGAGAAAUUAGAAUUGAACUUUUGUUUCAAGUUGAGUAGUCAUAAAUUUUCGAGUUGUAUGCUUAGGCAGUUAACGUUCCAUUCUGGCAAGAGUCUAAUGGAAAUUGGGAUCGACACUCCAAACCUGCUCCGUUUUGAAUAUGGAGCUCCUAAAUUGCCUGUCAUAUUCUCUAUGACAACAUCUUCUCUACAGGAAUCUUAUCUCAAAUUAAUGCCCAACGAUCAUCUAAGCACGAUUUGGUUUCAAAAUUUGAAGGAAUAUCUAUCUAGAUUUGAACGACUGAAUUUACUGGUUCUGUGUAUAGAUUCAACGACUCAUGUGAAGAUAGAGCAAGUUAUGGAGUCUCUAGAUUUUGACAUUCUGUUAGAUGGUCUGCUUUGGACUUGUCAUCCAGAGUCUCUGUCAAUUGUGAGAAUCUGGCGGCACAAUGAGGAUUUUAUACGGUUUUUGAGGGAGAAACUAAUGCAAAGAGAGAUUGCUCCUGUCUGCUGUGAGUCAAAACGUAUCAAAUGUUGGAGGCACUACCUUAAAGAAAUUGAAGUUGAGAACUCUACUAGACGGUGUGGGGAUCCUUCUUCACCAUCUCAAGUCUCAACCAUUUGUUUCAAACUUACAUGGUAGAAUAUGCUGACAUUAGAAACGCGCUGGUCUUGGGCUGAAAAUUCGUCUCAUCUGUCUUGAUUUGCUUAUAUUCACAUGGAUCACUUCAUCAUUACUGAAGUCUCAAAGUUGGAUUAUGGUGUAGUGAUAACCUUUUUAUAUUCUCUCCUUUUGCCUUUUAGUUUUUAACCAGAUACUCCCAUGAUUAAGAAAGACAAACUGACAGACAGUAACUGGUUCUGUCUUAUGUGUUGCACUUGUUCACCAUACAAAAGACUUAAUUUGAAGGAACUUGCUCUAGUGAUUGUAUGCAUUUGAGAAGUACUCUUGUCGAGGGGGCAUUUGUGCGGAUGACAUUGAAAAGAGGAUCACUGGACCUCGCUCUCGGGCCUAGAGGCAGAGCAAAGAAAGCCUUAGAUAUUUACUUGUUUUGUGGUAUGGAACAAAGCAAAACACCUGCCCAAUUAACAAAAGUAUAAUCGAUCGCGACCGAAGCUUAUGCAAUUGUGGAAUUCCGUUCAAAUAGAAAGCUCUUUGGCCAAUUCAAGGUCAGCUGUGAGCUGUAGGAAAAGAUAGUAGCGAACCAGAAGAAAUUCCCGUAGUUGCAUAAGGGGGAUGUUGAAAACAUUUCAGCAGAUAGUAUGUAAUACUUUUAUUAAAACGAAACAAAAAUUCGCAGAA